AGUGCAAUCACAACAAGAAAGAUGAUACUCUCACUUUAGCCGCCCGUUUAUCCACGAAAAUACCUCAGUAUGAUUUCAAAUCUUCCCUAAAGAUUUAGCUAUACAUCCCUAACACCCACAAGAGAUGAAUUUUGGAGCAAUGCWAUAGAAAGAACUGUAUUUCUACAUCAAAAGUCAGCUGUUUUCAUGGCUGACAAAAUGCACGUGAUGGAAAGACAAAUUUACUCAGUUCGACAUUAAAAAUAAAUAAGAUAAAGAGAAAAAUGGAGGAAUCCAGGCUAGAAGACUCUCUUAGGCAAUGCUGGAGCCAAUACUUGACUACGGUUAUUCCAGGGGAUAAAUCCAAGUACUUGAAGUUAUUUCUCAAAGAGUUUCUAAAGACAUACUCCUCUGUAGGUGGACACACAGGAAAGAUGCCAUCAUUUGGGGAUAUUCAUAGUGUAAGCAACAUAUUGGCAAGAGAAUUCCAGGACAUUAUUUUUGCUAAAUGUCAAGAAGGUGACGAGGAGCUCCUGGUAAAGUAUCUGUGUAAGGGACCAGGGUUGAUGCUACUGGAAGUUCUUUGCAUUCUAGCAAACAAGAUUGCAGGUUGUAGUAGUGCACUAGCACACCUACUUGUGACCAUUCUACCAGUGCUCUUUAGAGUACCACCUAUUGGACAUGACAUGCUGCAAGGUCUUGAAGUGCUGAUGUUAGAGUGGGAGAAUUAUUUCCRAGACCCCAAAGCCAAACCUUACCAUUCCAUUACCAUCCAGAAAAUGAUUUUAAAGCAUUGUGAUGAUCGUUUCGCUAGUCCAGCCAGCUCUACUAACCAGGCGAGUUUGCAUGAUUCUGAAGAGAAAACGUUGACUUCAAAACAGGAUGCUACAAUAAGCUGUGGUCUUGUUCUUCCAUUGAAGGACAGCACAGAUUCUUCAAGUGUAGCAGACGAGAGCGAUAUCUUGACCAGUAUAAGUAGUGUAAGCAGCAUGGGGAGUAUGGGGAUUCUUAGUUCGAACCCUAGUGAUAGCUCCAGUCCUCAUGAGGUUCAGUUCCAUCGUCAAAGCAGUGGAAUUUCAAGUCUCGUGGAAAGUACAGAAACACCAAAUACUGUUUGUCAAAUUCCAGAGAGCUCUGGAAAGGAAGGAAAGGAAACGAAGGAAACUGCAGAAAGUGCCGAAGAAAGCGGCCAAGACGUUACCAUCAAUACCUUGGAGCUGUUUAACCUAAUUCUGUCAGUGCUAGAGAACCUAUGUUGCCGUGACAUCUCGAGUUGUGAUACUACUUUAACUAUGAAGACCGCUGGUCAAUUGAUUGACAUUAUCCUUUGUAUAAAGGAUGGACAGAACGAGGAUCUCGACGAGAUCYAUUGCGCUUGGGACAGUUCAUCUUGUGUAACUGCUCAGUUAUCUAUGCUAAGAACUGUCCUUUUUUUCUUGUACACCACAUUUAAAAAUCCAAAGUCAGCGAAACAGCUUGUGAAAAGCUCGUAUGUCAAAAACCUGGUCGCCCUCGUGGAGAACGCCUUGUCAAAUGCCGUCUUCACUGCUGAACAGCUUGAGGAACUAGCAGAAGAAAUCGAACAUUUAAGUCAAAAACUUUCCUCUGAAUGUCAGUCAGAAUGCUUGGGAAAGUCUGCGCUGUGGAAGCGAUUUCACUACGUGUUGUUUUUCUCGCGUUCUCUUCAARGUCUUCUUUCUUUCUUGUGUUCAACUCUACAAUUUGGAACACUUAUCAAUUCAUCUUUGCUCGCACUGUCUCGGGAACUCCUCGAACAGUUCGCGCUCAACGAUGGCUUUGAACACGUGAUCUCAGCCGUUCUCAAAAUGGAAGACAUGAUGGUGACGUCACCAGGAGGUCGCGCGGAAGGGCCUGGAUCUGAGUCUGUAGUGAUUCAACCAAUACCCCAAGCAAUACGAGAUCUUCCUCGAGUCAAUAUAUUCCACAUGUUAAGUGUUAUUGGGAAGGUGAUUUCGUUGGUCAAGAAAGGAAAGAGUUAUUGUCUUGUGGAGGUUGAGAUACCGACUCGUCGUAAGUCAGAGGAAUCGUACCUACAAUUUCAGCCACCGGUUGAUCUGAUGACGUCAGAUGUAGAGGAGAGCUCAGAGUCUGCUGGGGAUAUGGAAAUGGAGAAUGAUAAACGAAGUCGAACACUUGGUGAUCAGUGUCACAUCUUGAUACCCGUUACAUCAUUACUUACCAUGUUCAAGGCAAGUAAGACUCAGUACCUCUCAUGUCAAGUCAUCACUUGUCUCGGUAAAGUAGGUGUCUGUAGCUGCAUUAAACCCGAUGAUCUGAUCGGCCCAUUGUUGACCAGAUAUUUUCAACGUCCUCGAUUAUUACAGACGCAGAUUCUUCGAUUGAUUAACCAAUUGAUCCUGACAGCUCUUGACGAUCCAUUUGUAACCCCUAAACCACAGGAAACCCAAACGAAUGCUCAGAACACAUCCCGUACAAGAACCAAAAAAGUCUAUUCAAAAUCCCCAAAGUCAAGUCCAUCUAAAGGAAAUGGUGGAGUCUGGGGAGAGAUGCUUGCGCGGUCUCCAAGACACGUAACACGAAUCCCACAAGAGUAUCCCUCGUGGUCUUGUUUAUCACAAUAUUGUUCAUUGUUAACGAGUGGUGACUCGGUGUUAGCCUUUGAAACAGCAAAGUCACUCAAACCUCUUGUUGUACUGGGCUCUGUGAACCUGAAAGACGAGCUGUUUCGAAUUGUGCUUCUUCCGUCAAUCUUCCGCUUUGAUUCACGGCGAAAUAAGUCAUCUCCUGUGCAAGCUGAUUAUCCAAGCAAAGGGAGUGAUUUACCCGAUUCCACUUGCCUUAGCCGCGAGAAGAUAAGUCUUCCAGAAGAACGAACAACAAGGUCGCAAUCGAGUUCAUGUUACCUUACCAAGGAUGUCUUAAGACUGUUGCUGGGGUAUUUGCCGUCGCUUCUUGUCAGUAGUUCCUCUAAAGGGUUGUUCUUCAGCUGUGGAGGGCUGACACAGUUGCAGAUGUUUCUAGAGGAAGAAGAACUACAACCGCUAGUUAUUGAAGUAUUUGAAUUCCUGGCGUCUUUAGAAGAUCGUUCUAAUUCUGUUCAGAAGGUAAAAACUGUUAAGACUAAAGAUGAGGAGCUUGAAUGUGAGGAAAAGGAAAGCACAAGUAAAGAGGAGUUGGCCACUGCUAUUCGCGCGUUUCUAGUCCUGUUAAGAGAUACUGCCAAAAUAGAACUAAGUAAGAUUAAAACUGAAAGCACUACAAAUGCUACGCAAGAAGGUAUCCAAGAGGAUGAUAGCAAAACAGAACAAAAAAGAAACGCUUCUUCAUUUCAUGAUCAACGCUUGAAUAAUAAAAUCCAAGAGGAUACGAGGAAUCAAAGUGACAUUGACGUUCGUGUUCGUUCACCAGUAGAGCCUCAAGAGGAGACAACAGGAAAACACCAGCAAGACUGUAUCAGACCUCUUGCGAACCUAACUCUUCGCUACCACGUUUGGAAAGCCUGUUUAAACUUACUGGUAUCAAAUAAACUUUUCGUCGAGUUGUUUGUGGCUGAUAGCGGCCCAAGUUAUAGUUUUGAACUAUUGGACUGGUUGUUUAGUUAUUUUUACGUCUCUUCACUCACCGUCGAUCCAAGGAACGAUAAGGAUUAUAGCGAUGCUGUGGUUUUAUUUGAGGUUGUCUUGGCUGUGUGUAUCAGGAUGGCGUAUGCUGGGUUUUGGAAGGAUCAAGAGGUAGGUUGA